AGUUUAAGAGCUGCUCGGUGGUUGUGUUCAAUAAUUACUAUGGUUACUUAAUAGCUACCCAGUAAUUAGUACCAGUAGUCCUCCCCUCCUCCUGGAAAUCCGAUAUUUGGUGUAGUGAGUGAUUGUUUGGUAUGUUUAUUUUUGUGUCUGCACCAUUUGUUUUAUAAACACAGAUAAUUGAGCGAUUCAUUUUGAAAACAGUAGCUUAGUAGCUAGGUACUUUACUGUAGUAUUUCUUUUAGAUAUGACACAUUGCAAUGGCAGCUCGGUUGACAAGUUAAAAGAAAAGAAUCUUAACGGUCAUGCGAGUGGUCAUGCAAGCGGUCAUACAAGCAGCAAUGUUGAAGACGAAGUUAAUGCCAAGUACAUGAGAUGUUUGGAGGAACCUUACAAGUACCACACCCAAGUCCCUGGCAAAGCAAUCAGGGACCAGACGAUAGAAGCGAUGAACCUGUGGCUGGGCGUGGAGAAGAAUGUGCUGCAGAAAAUAAAGGAAGUGAUAACUAUGCUCCACGAAGCCUCCCUCCUUAUAGACGACAUUCAGGAUAAUAGCAAGAUGAGGAGAGGCCAGCCUGCCGCGUAUCUUAUAUACGGUAUUUCGGAGGUAAUCAACAUUGCCAAUUUGAAGUACUUCGAAGCGGGUAAGAUAGCCUUGGAGUUGGGAAGCAUGACGACCGCUAAAAAUGUUGAUAAGAGUGAAGCUAGUAAGAUAUUUCACGAUUGGAUGAUCAAACUCCAUCAGGGACAGGGUCUGGAUAUACAUUGGAGGGAUCACUACAUUUGCCCCACUGUUGAUGAGUACAUUGACAUGGUCUUAAAGAAAACUGGCGGUCUCAUGAUGCUGGCAUUCGAUUUAAUGUACAUUUUCCGUAACCAGUCAGAGACAAAGCUGGUAUACGAUAAUGGACGGAAAUUCCUGGAGACAUUUUCCAAAUUCUUUCAAAUACGAGAUGAUUUCUGUAAUCUGUGGGACGUAAAGUAUGCAGCUAAUAAGAGUUAUUGUGAAGACUUAACUGAGGGUAAAUACUCUUGGGUUAUCAUUCAAGGAAUUAUAAAAGAGAGGGAGCUAGGGACUACUAGGGUCACGUCCAUAUUAAAACAACGAACAACUAGUGAUGAGAUUAAAAGUUACUGCUGUCAGGUCUUGGAAUCAUUAAAAGUCAAGUCAGAAACAACGGAGUUGCUAGAGACAUUAGAAAAAGACUUGUUAGAACAAAUUGAGGGGUUAGGAGGGAAUAAAAUGUUUAUCAAAAUUGUCGGUUUACUAUCACCAUCAAGAAUACAGACCGUCCAGUAAUGUCCUAUUUAUAGAUUGUUCUUGGUUUUGUCAGGAACAUGCCACUUUAGUUGAAUUUGCUCUUUAGUUUUUAUGUGUUCAUAUCUCAGACUUCAGACAUAACCAGUCUACUUAAGCAGUCUACUUUGGUCACUCUGUACCAUAUUUGAGAUAUCGACACAAAGUUAUUAUUAUUGCCUACUCUAUUAAACUUUUGUAAAUAUAAUUCCAUGUUUAGUUUACUGUUAUAAAAUCUGUUGGCGGGUGAGAGUGAAAUGUAUAUUAUUGAUAACACGGUUGUUUGGGUGGCUUUAGAGAUUGUUUCUUAUAAUGGUACCAGUGGCGUAACGAAAGGCCCAAUGGUACCUGUAGGUACAAAAUUUCCUAAUAUAUUUUUGCCUAAAUUGUGUUUAUAUGUAGAGUUUCAAUUUACAAUUUUGAUGUAUUUAAUUAAUUUCGAGUAAAAAUCAUUGGAAUCAUAACGGCCACUUUUGUACUAGUAGAUAAAGUUGAGAAUUUGAUAUUUAUUAUAUGCUUAAUUUACGUUUAUUGGAUACUUACUAUCUUUUCUGAUGAUUUGAGAGCAGCUGUAUUUUACAAUUAAUUACGUGUG